AUGUUCACACUGGGAUUCUUCAGUACGAAGAAUUCAACAAAUCGCUAUGUGGGAAUUUGGUUAAUGUCUGAAUCCAAUGUUGUUUGGGUAGCGAAUAGAAACAACCCACUAAGGGAUUCUUCAGGGAUUCUCACAACAUCGUGGAGUAAUGGCAAUCUUCUUGUUUUGAAUGGGCAAGAACAGGGUAUAUGGUCAACGAAUGUCUCAAAUAUUGCAUCAAAUUCCAGUGCUCAACUGUUGGAUUCUGGCAACCUUGUACUCGUUGAUGGCGCUACUGGAGCAACGCUGUGGCAGAGUUUCCAACAUCCUUGUGAUACAUUCUUACAAGGCAUGAAACUCAGCACUAAUCAACAAAAAGGUAAGAAAGUGACACUCACAUCAUGGGAAAGUACAUCUGAUCCGUCCUCAGACUUUCUUGGAACACCUGGGAAAUCAUCUACUUUUGGAAACGAGCUUGAAGUGAAAGAAGAGGAAGGAAGUGUUGAAGUAUCUUUUCAUUACACGGAUAAGUCUUUGUUGAUGAUUUUCACAACAGAUUCUCAAGGUAGAUUAGAACAAAGGCUUUGGAGUUUCCAGAGAAAUAUAUGGGAAGUUGGGUGGACAAUUGUGGAUUCUGAGUGUGAUGUUUAUCGCAAAUGUGGCCCAUCUGGGAUCUACGAUAAGCAGAGCUCACCAAUCUGCAGCUGCUUGAGAGGGUUUGAACCAAAGAACAAAGAAGAAUUGGGGAGGCAGAAUUGGACCAGUGGGUGUGUGAGGAGAGAAGCACUUCAGUGUGAGAGAGAUAAUAAUGGUUCUCAAGGUAGCCUAGUAGACGGGUUUUUAAAGUUGGAAAGUGUAAAAGUACCAGCUCAUGCAGAAAUGUUACCUGAUUAUAACUUCUCAAAUGCUAUAGAUUGUCAAACUCCGUGCUCGAAGAAUUGCUCUUGCAAAGCUUAUGCAUACGAAACAGGCCUUGGCUGUAUGUUUGGAACGUAG